AUGGCUCCCCCAAGCUUCCAGAUCGUCCCAGCUCAAAGUGCCGAGGACUUGGCAACAGCUAGGACCUUAUUCACAGCUUAUGCUGAGUCGCUCGGUAUCGACCUCACCUUCCAGAGCUUCGAAUCCGAACUACAGGACCUACCUGGCCAGUACGGCUCUCCGCACGGAGCGUUGCUGCUAGCUUACGGAAUUAAUCCCAAAAUUGCCCUUGGCUGCGUGGCCGUUCGUCCACUCGUCCACAAAGGGCACGAAGCCGCGCAAUCGCAAAACCAAGUCAGAUUUUGCUGCGAGAUGAAGCGGCUGUAUGUGUCUCCUGAAGCACGGGGUAUGGGUCUCGGAAAGGCACUCGUGGAUGCAAUCAUCCAGAGGGCCAAGGAUCUGGGUUAUCGAGAAAUGAGACUCGAUACUCUGCCAUCCAUGACUGGGGCGCAGCAACUUUAUAGACGUGCUGGGUUUAUUGAGAUACAAGCCUACUAUGAGACGCCUCUGGAGGGGACUCUAUUUCUCGGACUAGAUCUUACUUGA